AUGAUGCUUUUGGUCUAUGGAUAUAUUGGCGGCGACAUGUUUAUGGGACGAGAGGCGUCUCGUCAAAUCAAAUCAUCGCUGCUAGCUUGCAACAGAUGUGUGCAAGUUGUGCUGCCUUACAUAGGCUAUGAGGAGUACUUGAAGCUCUUUGAAUGUCCAUUUCGCGGUCGUGGCGUACCAAAUUAUAUAUUUGGCCCUGAGACUGAGCAGAGAAGCCAGUGUCUGAGGUGGCGUACAAAGUAG